AUGGAAAAGGAACAGAGGAACCAAACCAAUUUUGCUGGAUUCAUCCUCCUGGGUCUCUCUGCCUCGCCCGAGUUCCAGAGUCUUCUCAUCCCCAUCUUCCUCUCCAUAUACUUGGUUGGCCUGCUGGGGAACCUCUUGAUCAUCCUGGUGAUCUGCUCCAAUGAUACCCUCUUCCAUAGCCCCAUGUACUUCUUCCUCAGCCACCUCUCCUUAGCUGACAUUGGAUUCAGCUCCAACGCCAUGCCCAAGAUGUUGCAGAUCCUGGUGUCCAAGACCAACACCAUAUCCUACAAUGGCUGCUUGACCCAGCUGUAUUUCUUUGUGGUCUUUUGCACCACAGAUAACUUCCUCCUGGCUUCCAUGGCCUGUGAUCGCUACGUGGCUAUCUGCCGCCCACUACAUUAUAGUAGAGUGAUGAGCUACAAGCGCUGUCUGAUCUUGGCUGCCGGAUCUUGGCUCCUGUCCAAUGCCCAGGGCUUGCUGUAUGUAUUCUCGAUAUCUGGUUUUUCCUUCUGUGCUUCCCGGGAGAUCUCCCAUUUCUUCUGCGAUGUUCACCCUUUAAUCAAACUCUCCUGCUCAGACACCUCCUCUGUUGAAAUGAUGCUUAUGUUUGAAGGCACGGCGACUAUGCUCGGGCCCCUCUUGCUUAUCCUCAUCUCCUACAUCUUCAUUGUCUCCAAAGUGUUGAAGGUCCCAUCUGCUUCUGGGAAGUACAAGGCCUUCUCCACCUGUGGCUCCCACCUCACCACGGUAGCCUUGUUCUACGGCACUCUGAUAGGAACCUACAUCCGCCCAUCAUCCACAUAUUCCGGCACUAAGUUGAGCAUGGCAUCCAUUUUCUACACUGCCGUCACUCCUAUGCUCAACCCCUUUAUCUAUAGCCUGAGGAACAGUGAGAUGCAUGGGGCGAUGAGGAGGUUGCUGAGGAUUUGGUUUCGGAAGGAGAGAGGCGUGGGGGAGAUGAGAUCCUAG